AUGGCCUCGCGUGGCAAGCUGGCGGGCAAAACGAGCAUGGCCGAACAGAACACUGCAAGACCUGUGAAAUGUGGCCACCAAGAAUGCGGGUACCCGGACGCGAAUCCCACAUCAGAGGGAACCAGUGUAUCGUCAAUUCUUCCACUUCUGCCGCCAGUCCUACAUCCCGCUGAGGACGUUAUCAUAGACGCCUCCCCACCCCUUUUUGACUGGAGCCCGACGCAGUUUGAGCACGCAGCUCUCGCGGGCGUUGUCUCCGAGACUGAAUCGCCAGAAUCUGAUGCAGACGGUCUGGAGAACUCACUCGACCGGCGUGUGGAAAUGUCAGCGCCGGCAGAGGAUUAUCCGGCUCUUAUCAACCCGUUGGAUCCGUACAACAUUCCGCAAGAGCUCAAAUUCAUUCUCAACUACCAUCUCCUCGAGGUGGCUCCAAAACUGGUCAUCGACGACACUUUGACCCGCAACCCGUAUUCACAAUUCAUCCUUCAGCUUGCUUUAGAGAAGCCACCUCUUCUCUAUGCGUGCGCUGCCUUGGCUGCAAGCCACUGGCAUGUUCGACUGUUGAACAAGAGUUGCAAGGUGGAUUGCCUGAGGUUUCGCGGCAAAGCGAUGCGCCGAUUACAGGAGCAGAUGUGGUCAGAACAAAGUGCAAAAGAUGACGGAAAUCUCACGACCAUCCUGAUGCUGACGCUCACCGACAUGAGUCUCGGGGAACCCUCCAAUUUCGAUGCACACUUUGGCGCCGCAAAGCGGCUCGUCGAUCUACGCGGCAGCGAAUGGACGCGAGAUGCAUUUGUCGAGCAGUACAUUUCAUGGCUCGAUAUCAUGUGUUCGGCCAACCAUCAUCGGGAGGCCUUCUUCACCCCCGAAGACGUCGCUGCUUUCACCGGCCCGUCACGACAGUGGAGUCACGAUGUCUUUCCAUGCCCUCCAGACCAAUUCACAAUAAUAUCAGAAGUAAUUCGACUUUUUAAAACGCAACCUGAUCCGCAGAAUCCAGCACCAGAAGUUGUGGAGAAGGCCAUAGAAUGCAAGAGACAGGUCCUGUUUCUCCCUAUGCAUACCGAAAGAGGUCCGGGCUGGUUCCAUCUCACCGAGGCCUUUCGCCAUGCCAUCGGUAUCUACACGAUUCGGCUCUUUCACUUGGAAGCCGACGAGGACGAGAUUCAGUGGUUGACACAAAGCGUCAUUUAUCAUGCUAAACUCACCCCACCACAUACGGGGUGGACUAACCAUCUCCUGUGGCCUUUGUUCCAUGCUGGACUAGAACUCCGUGAGGGGCGCCAGAAGCAGUGGCUGCGAGAACGGUCAGACGUCAUGCAACGAAGCGGAGGAUUUCGCAAUGUGGAGACAUCAAUGGAGAUACUGGAGCAGGUUUGGGACAGCGGUGUUCGACCCGACUACACAAAUCUGCUUUCCCCUGACCUGUUCAACGCCAUGGUCCUUGUGUGA